AUGGUACAGUCACAUGUUGAAGUUUCAUUAAAUCGAAAAGUAUCACUAAGCACCAUUAUGACAUAUGGCAGAAAAGAAAGUGGUAUUAGAAGUAGAAAAACUCAUGAAGUAACAUCUCAUGAUAGUAACUAUACAGCCUCUUACAAAGGACGUAUCACUAUUCCAUCUCGAAGUUUAAAAACUCAUCUUAUGCGAAUUGAUAAUAAUCGAUUAAUAUUUCUUGAUGAAAUAGCUAUUUACAGUAAUAUGCCUCCUCAUCGAACGCUUGUUGCUCCAGGACAUCAACCAUUAAUUAUUGUUGAUUAA